AGAUUCUUGUGCUGAGUGUGUCUCCUCACCUUCGGCCAGACGAACAGGUCGCAACGCUCCAAGUGCGCUAGUCCUCUCCCGUCCAUCGACGUGGCCGCACCUCGUCUCCCUCGUGCGCCACGGACGUUACUCAAUAAUAUUUUAUUUAUUCAAUCGUUAUUUAUUAAAACUAAUAGUCAUCAUUUUAAUUGUCAUCCAUGCUUGCGCUUACGAACUCAGUGAUUAUAAAUAAAAAUUAAUAUUUUAUCAAAUUGAUAGUGGACUUUUAAAGUUUUAGUGCGAGGACCCAGUGUGUUUGUGAUUUAUCCUAAAUUUAACAAACUAGUUAAUUAAUUAUUCAAUUACGUUCUUACUGUCUGCUGGAUUCCGUCGUGGGAGUUAUUUAUUUUAAAAGAUGAAUCAACAGUGCAAAGUUUGCGGCGAGCCGGCAGCAGGCUUUCAUUUUGGAGCUUUUACGUGCGAGGGUUGUAAGUCUUUCUUCGGACGAACAUACAACAACCUAAGCAGCAUCUCCGAGUGCAAGAACGGCGGAGUGUGUGUAAUAAACAAAAAAAACCGAACUGCCUGCAAAGCCUGUCGUUUAAGAAAAUGCUUGUUGGUAGGAAUGUCAAAAUCGGGAUCAAGAUACGGCAGGCGUUCCAACUGGUUCAAGAUCCACUGUCUUUUACAAGAGCAGACGCACAACCACGCAUCAGCGUCCCCCUUCCCCGGUGGCUACAUGUCAAGUUUUAUGCCGUCGCAGAAUCCAGUUGACGGAAGCCUGAAAGAGAAGGAAAUCGCCUCGGCCAGCGAAGAGAACCUCAACAUGCACAGGCACCUGAUCCAGUUGGCGAUGAUCAACAAGGAGUUCGACAGGACCAAGUCCCCGCACCCAGACGACAUUGCGCUCCAGCAGAGACUGAGAAUGCUCGCCUGGCAACGGGACCAGGAGCGACUGACCCACCAGCAGCAGCACCAGGGCCCAGGGACUCCCCCCCGCGAAACCUCGCCGCCCUCCGGCUACAACUACAAAACUUCCGCGGUGGCUCCCUGCUUGGUGUACCCCAAGGACACGAGUCCUCCGGGAGUCUUCCGGCCCUUCUCCUUCAAGAGAGCAGCGGACACCCCCAGCGACAGUGGCGCCUCCUCGAUAGACGGCGAGUCCUGCAGCGAGUCCGACUACUACAAAAAUCCCUCUCCGGUCAAGUCCAUUCCGACUGUCGCUGCCUUCCCUCGACACCCGCUGCAACUAGUCUACUCGAGCGGGAGCUUCGUUACGACUCCCGUCGCCUCUCAACCUUCUCCUCGCGGCGGUGACCUCAACCUCGUCAGCCCAAGUCCUGGCGGCGUCGCCGUAGAACAGGACCAGCCGAUUGAUCUUAGUGUUAAGUGCUCCAGGAGCUCGCCCCGGCCUGUGGAGUCCCCAUUUGAACACCUCCAGGUGGACGACCAUCCCGAGACCAGCCAUAACGCCGGGGAGGAAACCGCGACGAAGGGAAAACCCUUGGACUUGACGCUUGCUGUUAAGAGGCCAGAACUUCCUCUUUCGUUGUAAAUUCAUUGUUGAGGGUUGUAAUUGUUUUUAUUAUUUUUAAACAAUGGUUUUACGAGUGAGGCUGGACCCUACAUGCAGGUCGUGGCUCAUAAAUAACUGUGUUCAAUCUGUAAAUAUAUAUACAUACAUUUAUAUAUAUAUAUAUAUAUAUA